GUUUCUCCGAUUCGAUCCCUAUUCUCAAAUCCUAGAAAAAGAGAAGGACGAAAGGGAUAAUCGGUCUGCGUCAGAAUCAGAAACCCUAGAAGUUCUUCUUUCACUCCCAACAUUCUCACUCCGCAUAUCGAUACAUCACUCACAGCUCCGAUCGCCGGUUUCCGGUUGCCGAUUGCCUUCAGGGUUAGGUAUGGCAGAGCCGAGGGAGGUGAAGAUCGUUAAUGAUGGCGGCGAUGGCGGCGAUGAUUUCUACGACGCUGAUCAGACGGCGUCGCUGAGCCGGAAGGUGUCGUCGUUAGAGUGGGAGAAGGGGGAACUGGAGAAAGAGAACAGAGAAACCAAGGAGAAGAUAGGCCAACUGACGAAGGAGAUUGAGACUUUGAAGAGCGGCGAGAGGGAGAUGAAGGAGAAGCUCAGGGAGAUGGAGUUGCAGGUGGAGCGGAACGAGGAGGGCAAGAAUAUGCUGGAGAGUGUUGCCAACCGAGCCAUGGAGCUUGAGACUGAGGUCGGUAGGCUUCAACAGGAUUUGAUCACUGCAAUCACUGAAGGCGAGGAGGCCAAUACCGAGCUUGCGGAGAUGAAGCGAGUGGUGGUUGAGAAGGGGGAGAAAAUUGAUGGCUUGGAGAAGGAGCUUGAGACUCUGAAGAAAUUGAAAGCUGAGAGCGAGAAGAGGGUUAGGGAAUUGGAGAGGAAUAUUGGGGUUCUGGAGGUGAAGGAAAUAGAGGAGAGGAGCAAGAGGGUUAGGGCGGAGGAGGAAAUGAGAGAGAGGCUUGAAGCGAAAGAUGGUGAAGUUUGUUUGUUCAAAAAGAAAAUUGAGGAGUUGGAAUCGGUGAUUGGGAAGAAUGGUGUUGAACUGCAGAAGUGGAGGCAGGGGAAGAGCAAUGUUGAGGUAGCAUUGAGGGAAUCCGAGGAGAAGUCAAAAGCUAUGGAGUUGAAGAUGGGACAACUGCAGAAGGAUGUGGUGGACGCCGGAAGGGUUAUUAAUGAAUUGAAGGAGAAGACUGUUGGGGUCAUUAAUGGGACUGUGAAUGAAAUGAAGGAGAUUUUGGAAGGCGGAAAUGAGACGGGAUCAAAGGGAUUGAGCUUGCCUGUGGUUGCAGGGUCUGCUGGAGCCAUUGUUGCUGUGGCGGCUGUUGUCUUUGUGUUGUAUGGAAGGCGGAGGUGAUUGGAUUACUAUGCAGCAAUUGAGAAAAAAAAAAUGCAAGGAGAAAGCUCGAGGUUAGGGCUUAUUGCUUGAGAGCAUGUUACAGUUUUGUCAAAAAUACUGGAGGCUUUUUUGUUGGCUUUGGUUUUUUUUCACUAGCCUAUGGAUGUCUUAUUAGCUCUAAUUUUUGAUGCUUUCUUGUUUGGUUAACUUGCUUUGGUUGGGCAAAUUACAUAAUAUAUAUUUUUGAAGGAUUAUAGUGUC